UUUUAUCAAAACUGGAAUCAAUUAUCAAUGGAAACUCUUUUGCCAAAUGUCAUUUUAGUCAGUUUAUAUUCAGGUUAUAGUUUCUUUGAAAACAAUGUAAUUUUCUGGGUGGACAUAGAAAUAUAGAUAUUGAGUUGUAACACACCAGCAUUAAUAUAAUUUCUUUUAUAUAUAGAAAUUAUAAAAAUCAGCAACCAUGCCGCGAAUUAUGAUAAAGGGCGGCGUUUGGCGCAACACCGAGGAUGAAAUCCUUAAAGCGGCUGUAAUGAAAUAUGGCAAAAACCAAUGGUCCCGUAUAGCAUCAUUGCUUCAUAGAAAAUCUGCCAAACAAUGCAAGGCUCGUUGGUACGAGUGGUUGGACCCGAGUAUCAAAAAAACAGAAUGGUCUCGAGAGGAGGACGAGAAGCUUUUGCAUCUGGCGAAACUGAUGCCCACGCAGUGGAGGACCAUAGCUCCCAUUAUAGGUCGUACUGCAGCGCAAUGUUUGGAGAGAUACGAAUAUUUACUGGACCAAGCACAAAAAAAAGAAGAAGGGGAAGAUGUAGGUGAUGACCCUCGCAAGCUGAAGCCUGGUGAAAUUGAUCCAAACCCUGAAACAAAGCCCGCCAGGCCUGAUCCCAAGGAUAUGGAUGAAGAUGAGUUGGAGAUGCUAUCGGAAGCUCGAGCUCGUCUGGCCAACACGCAGGGUAAGAAGGCUAAAAGGAAGGCGCGUGAAAAGCAGCUGGAGGAGGCGCGCCGCCUCGCCGCCUUGCAGAAGAGGAGGGAACUGAGCGCUGCUGGCAUUGCAGUGCCUAUCAGACGAAAAAAGAAACGUGGUGUAGACUACAACUCGGAGAUUCCAUUUGAGAAGAAACCAGCGUCAGGUUUCUAUGACACCUCCACUGAGGUAGUGGACCCCAUGGCGCCGGACUUCUCACGGCUAAGACAACAACAUCUCGAUGGAGAGCUGCAUUCAGAGAAGGAAGAGAGGGAGAGACGCAAAGACAAGCAAAAAUUGAAGCAACGCAAGGAAAACGAUGUGCCUCAGGCUAUGCUUCAAGGGGAUCAACCGGCGCGCAAACGAAGCAAACUCGUUCUGCCAGAACCACAAGUGACUGACCAGGAGUUGCAGCAGGUAGUGAAGCUGGGCCGCGCGUCGGAGGCGGCGCGCGAGUCGGCGGCCGGCGCCGCGGCGGGUGCGGGUGCGGUGGCGGGCGGCGCCACGGACGCGCUGCUGGCGGAGUACGCCGUGGCGCCCGCGCCCGCCACUGCGCUGCGUACGCCCGUGCAACAACAGGACCGUAUCCUAAUGGAGGCACAGAAUGUGAUGGCAUUGACACAUGUGGACACUCCACUGAAAGGAGGCUUGAACACGCCACUGCAUGAGAGUGACUUCUCAGGCGCUUUGCCACAGUCGCAGGUUGUCGCCACGCCUAACACCGUACUAGCUACGCCGUUCAGAUCAUCACGCAGCGAAGUAUCAACGCCGGGUAGUUUCAAUACCCCAAGCCAAGGAGGAACCAGUCAACCAGGCCUUACACCUGGACUACGUGACAAGUUGAGCAUAAACCCUGAAGACAGACUCAGUGGUGGGGACACUCCCCAAUUAGUUAAUCAGAUGCAAAAACAGCUAAAGGCGUCUGUCCGUAACGCACUUCAGGCCUUGCCGGCUCCCAGAAACGAUUAUGAGAUAGUAGUUCCUGAUCAAGAGGGAGACGAGGAGAAAGAAAGUACGGCCACUGCACCUCUAGUAGAAGAUCAAGCUGAUGCGGACGCUAGAUAUGCGCAAGAGCAAGAAGAAAAACGUCUGGCGGCUCUGGCGCGGCGCUCGUCGGCGGUGCAGCGCGGCUGCACGCGGCCCGCCGACGUGAACGCGGCCGUGGUGCGCGGCGGCGCACAGCUCACGCCGCUGCAACAGGCUGAGGAGCUGCUCAAGGCGGAGAUGGUCACCAUGCUGCACUACGACGCGCUGCGCGACCCGCCGCCGGGCGUUGAUAAGAAAAGAGCAGUGCAGCUACAAGCGUCACAUUUGGCGUAUCUAGAACAACAUCCGUAUGAAGAGUUCUCUCCUGAGGAAUUGGCACUGGCCAAACAAGAGCUGAAGAAGGAAAUGGACGUUGUCAAAACUGGCAUGGGACAUGGCGAGCUCAGCAUAGAGGCUUACACGCAAGUGUGGGAAGAAUGUCUUGCACAGGUAUUAUUUUUACCCGGCCAAAACAGAUAUACACGUGCGAACUUAGCCAGCAAAAAGGAUAGACUAGAAUCCGCAGAAAAAAGACUGGAACAAAACAGAAAUCACAUGGCUAAAGAAGCCAAGAAGUGUUCUAAGAUGGAGAAGAAAUUAAGAGUACUCACUGGAGGGUACCAGAGCCGCGCAGCAUCGCUGAUUAAACAAUUCCAGGAAUUACAAGAUCAAAUAGAACAAGCUAAUUUAGAACUGUCGACAUUCAAGUUCCUUGCUGAACAAGAGAAAGCAGCCAUUCCACGUAGAAUAGAAUCACUGACGGAGGAUGUCAACCGUCAAACUGAUCGCGAGAAGCAAUUGCAAAAAAGAUAUUCUGAACUACAGGCCGACUUGGAAGACAUCCAUAAAGGAAAGCAGAAAGUUAAGGAAGUAGAAGCAAAGAGGAAAUACAAUGAGGAGUGAAAUGCUGCAGUGUGUUAUUUUUAAGCCAGAUAAAACAAAACUAAGUAGACAUAUUAGAUGACACAGAUUUACUCAUUUCGCGGUAUGUUUUGCUCAUGGACGGUGACAGUCAAAUCAACAAUCACAGUGGAUUUAGCAAAUCUGUAUGUCCCUUUAUGAAGCAAUUACUAUUUCUUCUCUGAAAUGGGCCAUCAGUUCAUUCACUAUGAAUUAAGGUUUUCAUUUUAUUGCCUAAUUGUUUAGUGAUCUGUUUACUCAAUACAUAACUUAAUUAAUGUGACUUGUCAUACAUACUAAGGUCACUUAUUGAACUGAUGCUAGAUUGAUCAUUUAAAAUAGCCCAGUAGGGUAUUGUUUUGUAAUAUCUUGUUUUAUGACAAUUUCACACAGUAGAAUAUUACAGAUAAAAACAUAAUAAUAAAUUAAAUAAUUAUCCA